AUAGUUAAAAUCUUAUAAAACUGAAUUACAGAAAACAACUUGUUGUAAAGCAUGUCCAUUUCAGUUUUGAUCUUACGAAAACGGCUUUUCCACAUCAAAUUCCUAGCUCUUGGUUACUGAAGUUUUGACUUUUGCUGGAUUUGCAUAGAAAACCAACGCUUGAUGUGGGGUAUUUGGUUGGGCCGAGGGAGAAGAGGAGGCAGAGUACAAAGAAUCUGUGGGAUAACUGCUAAUUUACUGCUCUUUGUUGAGCAGCUUGAUAUAAGCAAUGAGAAUAAAUUUUUAAAAAUAAAAUCCAAAAUAUUGUACAAAUAUUCUUGAUAGAAAGUCCUGUAUUAUAUUGUGAAUUACCAUUUUCAUGAUUACACCAUUUUUUAAUAAACAUGUAUAGCACAAUCCAUAGCAAGCUUGACAGAUUGGUCAAGUUUAAGUCUGAGGUUUCUCCGGGGGGAUUAAUAAAUGUUGAUUUAUAUCAGUAUUUUAAGUUCUCUGGAUUUAAAUUAAAGUAAAUUCACUCUGCUUGAUUCCCAAGUUGGUCACCCAAAAUAAUGGCAGAAAAAAUUGGAAGAGGUGGAGUGAUUCAUCUGCUGCUACCCUCCAACACAGUAACAGCUAUUUUGCUAAAGACCUAGGCGCGCCCUAACACUGCACGGCAUUCUUGCAGAAACAAGAAACAAAAUCCAGAAGCCAAACAGUGAAUGGACAGCUUGUUUUCCAGUGGCUCUGCAGCAUUCAGUGAGAGCUGAUUUCCCCAUUAAUGCCUUACAGCACCUCUUAAGAGUCCAGCUAUCAUACCAAAAUAACAGGCUUUCUAUCACUUCAUUGAUGGCUCAGUGAUCCUAUGAAGACACUGAAAUCAUCAGCGGGGAAACAGUUUGAGGAAAUCAGCUCCAGUUUUUAAUAAAAGACUAAUAAAAGAGCAAAAACGUGCUCUGCUGCUGCCACUGGGACUAGUUACAGCUGCUAUCAAUCGUGUUUCUAAUAAUAUUCCUUUAUUUUUGCAGACAUAAAUACAUAUGAAUAGCUGCUGUAUGUACAGGGCUUGUACAUUAAUUUGGGUACACCAGUGGCUGGACGGAAGAUGCAUUUUAAACAACGCCUGCAGAUUAGCACCAGGAACAGGAUACUGAAGAUGGCUUGGGAUGGGAGCCACCAAGAUCCCCUGCUCUGCUCCAUACAAAAGAGUCAGCAAAAGGAAUUCCAGAUGCCAUACUUCUUCCCUGUCUCCCACAUCCCCACCAUAUAAGUAGCAGUAGUCCUUCAACACGAAAAGAAAUUUAUGGCCCCAGUUAGUCAGUGGACUGAAGAUCUGAUAUGACUUGCAAGCUCUGAGCAAGCUGCAUAAAUUAUGUAUGGAGGAUUACAAUGAGAUAGUUCGUUCUUCAUUGAAACUGUUCAGCAGAACUUUAUAUACAGCUCCUUCAAUCGGAAGAAUGGCCCGGGUCUUCAUCUAUGGAACCCUAAAGAAAGGCCAGCCAAACUACCAACACAUGAUUAAUGGUGUUCAUGGGACAUCCAAGUUUGAGGGCAGAGGGCUCACAGUGGAGAAAUACCCACUAGUUAUUGCAGGGAAAUAUAAUAUUCCUUAUUUGCUGAAUAAUCCAGGAAAGGGGCACCGUGUCACUGGAGAAAUAUAUUUUGUUGAUCAUCAGAUGUUGCAAUUCCUUGAUGAAUUUGAAGGAUGCCCGAACAUGUAUCAGCGUACUCCGGUGAGAGUUGAGGUACUUGAGUGGGAAAGUAAAAGUAGCACGUCUGAAGGGAAAUCAGCGAUUAACAACAUUCUGGAAUGUUAUGUGUAUAGCACCACUACUUAUCAGCCAGAGUGGAUGCAUCUCCCUUACUAUGAUAACUAUGACUCCUUUGGGAAGCAUAAUCUUUCAUACGUGUUACGAGAAAGCAGAGAAUAGAAGCAGAAAAUCAAACAAUGCUUCAGGCUAAUAAUAUGAACAUCUACCAAGGUGCUGAAAAAAACCUUUAGUAUUUUAUGCUGAAAUGAGGUACUAUCUUAUUUCAUCAGAAUAUAGUUGACUUUACUUAUUUUACUAUGCUUCAGUUUUAAACUUCAUCAAGAAGACUAUUUGUGUGUGUGCGCGCACAUGUACAACUUCCACAUCAACCAAAAAUGGACCUGGAGGAAAAAAAAUAUCCAUCAAACAACAAAGAGAUGCCCUCAGGGUCCAGCUGUCUGUUUUUCAAUAACUUCCAAGUGAACAGGAUGAUGAAAGCAUGAUAUGAAUACCAAGACUCAUGAUAUGAAGCAUUGUUUCGCUAUGGUUAAACAGAGCAUUUCUUUAAUUUAAAUUAUGUUAAAAUACUACCAAUAGGUAGUCAUAUCACCUCCCAAAAAUGUGACACACGAACACAAUAUUGGAAGGGGAGAGAAAAGUGAUACUGAUAUAUUUUUUCAUUUCUUAGGGCCAAUUUCUGGUUAAUGUAGAUUUCUAUUCAGUUAUUGAUUUUAGUAUAUAUAAAUUGCCUCCCAAUGUUAUCUUCUGCUACUUAAGACUGUAUUGCUUAUUGUUGGUUGGGAGUUCUGAAUCAUCAAUAUUCUUGCAUUUUUACCAUCAAUGUAUAACCUUUCUGUAUCGGUGUACCCAUUUCCACUGUCUUUUUUCCCACUCACUUCUUGCAAUAUGUAAUUCAAUAUGUACAUCAUUCUGCUUUUCUUAAGAAUAUGAAACUUCUUAAAUAAAAUUAUUGUUAACUGUAUAGUAUUGGUGAUUUAAAAUUUGAUAAAAUUCUUAUAUCACUGUUGGUUUCAAAUAACAAGAUAACUUGUACAAACUUUUUAGAAAUUACGGAUUUUGAAAUUAAAAGAUCACACUAUUAUAGAGUUAUAGAAGACCUGAAAAAUGUAGGCUCUUCUGUUUAAAUUAAAUCUAGACUUUCUUAAAUGUAGCAAAUUCACAAGAGCUAAAAUAAAUCUAUACAUGAAUAAAAUAUUCAAUUUAAGCA